AUGUCGCUAGCUGCUGGGUACAAACAACAAGGCAAUGAUGAAUUCAAAACCGGACGAUUCACUAGCGAUCCAAUCUACCCCUCGAAUCUGAGCGCCGCUUUAUACGAAACCGGAGACUACGCCGGCUGCGUAUCUGCCAUUUUACGCUCUUGGAAACUACUCAACUCUCAACGCGACGCGAGACGCGACCUAGUCAUCAGGCUGUCUAGCAGGCUGGCCAAGGCACUCUGCUUCUCUGCGAGGUCGAACCCGAGCUCGCGCCUUGCGUUUGAGCUUCACGCGACUGACAUAAAAGAACUCAAGGAGUUCUGCUUGACAUCCAGCUCUGGUGCAUCUUCUUCGCCUGCCACCGAAGAACUGCGUCGUGCUUGGCAAGACUGGGAAACAGCUGAGUCCGAGGUUGCCGCCCUCGCACAGAAAGGCGACUUGUGCCUCGCGGCGUUUUCGCGACUACCGCUGUUCAUGAAGCCACUUGAUGAUGCGAAGGAAUACUACACUAUCGGGCACGACGUAGUCAUCGACCUCACUGCUGGAUGGGGCUCCGACAGCGGAAACGAUCCGCUGAAGAUUGAUAUGCUUCCUUCCGAGAAGCUGCCUCAUGUUUCAUUCCUCUUCGGAGGCGUCGGGGAUGGCUUGUACCAGGCCUACAAGAAACUCUCUGCAAAGAAGCGCUCCAUAUUCCAUACGCACCUUACCCUCCUCGACAUUCACCCAACGGCGAUUGCCCGAGAUCUGUGCAUGUUGACCCUCUUACACGAACUAAGCAUCACGACUGAGCCAAUUAUACGCGCGGAGAUCAAGGCAACGCUUAUGUACUCGUUCUGUGCCGCAGUUAUGCCCGGGUACUGCUACGACCGUCUGAUGACCGUUGUGAAAGACUUGACUCGGGAGUUGUCAAAGUCACCCCCCGCGCUCCCCGCUUGGCUGCACGUUGAGGUGAACACGAUUCCCGUCGUGCUCCUUGCACUCGACUAUUGGACGAGAGCGCAGAAGACCACACGGAAGAUGCUCGCGAACCACACGUACAUGACUCCAGAAGCCCAGUGGAGCCAGCGAGCGCAAGCACUGGGCAGCGGGGGCGACGGAGGCGACUUCCGAACGCAGUUGCGAGACAGCUUCACGGAGCAGCGAUGCGCGAUCGAGGCGACACUCCGCGGGCUCUCUGACGCCCAGUUGCUCCAGAUGCAAUGGCUGCCGCAGGGAAUGACUGCACGUGAAGGGCGUGCUUUCGUCAACUCGAACAUGGAGAUGCUCGUGAACAUGAUGCAGCAGAUGGUUUCCACCGGGAAGGUUCCGACGAACGAGCAGGACUGGUACAAACUUACCAAGGUUUUCCUUCCCCCUGCGGAGCUCCGAGGCCGCCAUCCCAGUUUCCAGAAGGCAUGGUCGACGAUGACGCAGGGCGCCGACGACGUGGAACGGAGCCUCGCUCGCAAGAUCAAUUCCCACAUAGAGAAUGAGUGGAGGACGAACAUCACACUCUUCGACUCUAACUAUGAUAGCCCCAAGUACUAUCCCGGGGGCGACGGGUACAAGACGCUGUCUGGUGAUGUUUUCGAGCCUGUUAACCACAUCGAAGACUUCAAUCAGAGGAACAAGACACGACCCAAAGGCCCUCUCAAGAACGAUGCUAAUGCGACCGCGUGGGAUACCUUCAACGCAUUCUUCGACGAAAUUUCCAACGCGUUGAAGGGCCUUGAGGGUCACAUCACUGUCGAGCUCAUCGCGGGCGGCCUCUCCGAAGAACUUGCCAAGAUGCGGUUGGGUGGAGAUGUCACUCGCCCCGCCAGUUUUCCGAGGAAGUACACGAGAAUGUGGUUGAGCAACGUACCAGAUUACACACAUGGCCCGAUGAACAUGGCGCUAUACGUCGUCCCGAGCCUUCAUGAAGACCAACCCGCAGGUGCCUCGUGCAACUGUCUCUUGAACACGGGUUCCUGGAGCAACGAUGACCACUACUUCUACACGUAUACGCAAUUGCUCCCUAAGGAUGUGCCUCGCUAUCUUGGCUGCAAGGUUAUCCGUUCACAAGCUGUCAUGGAUGUUCUCGUCCUCGGGCCCCUACCUCUUCCUCGUCCUCUUUCGGACCUUGCCUCCCGUGAUGAGCUCACGACGUGGCUCACUCGAGUCCUUUUCAACACCCUCAUUCCGGGCCGCACCCGCCUACCCCCGGAGAACGUGCGGCUCCCGAACAACCUCGUCGCCUUCUUCGGUCUGCUCGUGCAUCUUCAUCGAGUUGGUUUCCCUGCACACUGGCUUUCCGGAUUCCUUGCGCGCAUGCUCAGUGGGAGCAUGGUGUCGGACAUCGCGCCCUACGGCGAGGUGUGGCCAAUCCCCUUGGACGACAUGCGCCGACGCGUUCCCUCGCGGCGCGUCCGCACGGACCCAUGGAUCGUGGAGUUCGAGAAUAUUGUCGCGACCGCCUACUACGCGAUCCCGUUCCCCGUCGCGAGCACGCUUCCCCCGAGCUUCUCGUGCGAGCCGGAGGACAUCCUGGUGUGGGAGGCGAAGGUCACCGCGACCUUGCCGUUCUCGACAUCGUGGAACCCGUUCAUGGGGUAUGGCUCUCCGUACGAGCCGGUGACUCGACUCCUCUUCUACAAGCCUUCCGCCGAUGCACCAGGGACGCUCAUCAGUGGGAUGCCUAGAAUCUUUGAGGGCGCCGCGAGCCCGCCGCCUGGCACUUUCUUUGUUCUUACAGCCCAGGAGCUCGUCCAGUACGAUACGCGUAUCAGGUUCCGACUGAGCAAGCGUCGCGUAGAGAGCAUGCAAGCGGAGAAAUGGAGCAUGGUCGCAUACCGCCAGGACACGGGUCAGCAAGCUACCCGCCCCGUGUCAGCUGCGCAAUGGACUCCCGUCGGCAAGGGCGCCGACGCUGCAUAA